CGGGCCCGAGGAUGCCGGGGGCGGCGGAGCGGCAGCGCCCGGCCGAGCGGCGGCCCCAGUGACGGCCCCGCCAUGUCGGUGAUGGUGGCGAGGAAGAAGGUGGUACGGAAAUGGGAGAAGCUGCCGGGCAGGAACACCUUCUGCUGCGAUGGCCGCAUCAUGAUGGCCCGGCAGAAGGGCAUCUUCUACCUGACGCUCUUCCUCAUCCUCGGCACCUGCGCUCUCUUCUUCGCCUUCGAGUGUCGGUACCUGGCAGUCCAGCUCUCUCCAGCCAUCCCCGUGUUUGCAGCGGUUCUCUUUCUGUUUGCCAUGGCCACGCUCCUGCGGACGAGCUUCAGUGAUCCUGGGGUGAUCCCAAGAGCCCUGCCUGAUGAAGCAGCCUUCAUUGAGAUGGAGAUUGAGGCCACCAAUGGGACCGUGCCGCAGGGUCAGCGCCCGCCCCCACGGAUUAAAAACUUCCAGAUCAACAACCAGAUAGUGAAGCUGAAGUACUGCUACACAUGUAAGAUCUUCCGUCCACCCCGUGCCUCUCACUGCAGCAUCUGUGACAACUGUGUGGAGCGCUUCGACCAUCACUGUCCCUGGGUGGGCAACUGCGUGGGGAAGAGGAACUACCGCUAUUUCUACCUCUUCAUCCUCUCGCUGUCACUCCUCACCAUCUACAUCUUCACCUUCGACAUAGUCUACGUAGCACUGAAAUCUCUGAAGAUUGGGUUCCUGAGCACGUUGAAGGAAACCCCAGGGACUGUACUGGAGGUGCUCAUCUGUUUCUUUACCCUGUGGUCGGUGGUGGGGUUAACUGGGUUCCACACCUUCCUGGUGGCACUGAAUCAGACAACCAACGAAGACAUCAAGGGUUCCUGGACUGGGAAGAACCGUGUGCAGAAUCCCUACAGCCAUGGCAACAUGGUGAAGAACUGCUGUGAGGUGCUCUGUGGGCCUCUGCCUCCCAGCGUCUUGGACAGACGGGGCAUUUUGCAGCAAGAGGAGAAUGCAGCUCAGGAGGAGACAUGCACACGGGGGCCCAGUGCUCAAGAGCCCACUGCUGCUCAGGGCCCUGGUGGGCAAGCAGAAGAGAGCAGCACUCAGCAGGAUGGCAGCCUUCCUCACCAGAGUGCCGUCCCUGUGCCAUCCCUGAGCAACGCUGAGAAGCCAGAGGAGAAGCAGCUAACAACUGGGGAGCUCCCGGUCCUAUCCCAGGAUGCUGGGCAAGCAGAGCACUAGCCUUGCUUGAAAGGGAGAACUUUCUUGUUUUGUCAAAUCAAAGCUGGAAGUGAUUGAGGAGAGGAGGAGAUGGGCUGGAUGGCAGGCAAAUGAUUCCUCACGGCCAUUUUGCUUUAGUCAUUAUUCAUCUCGAUGCGCAGGCGGUGCGGGCUGGUGCUGGCCUUGCGUGGUGGCCAAGGAUAACGAGCGCGAGCGGCCCACCAUGAUCACUGAGGGGCACUCCCCACCACUGGGGCUGGUCUCCCUGCAGGCCGAGGCAGGAACUCUUGCUCUGCAGGUUGUCUUCAAUGCUAAAUACUGGCUCGGUGGUCUGAGCUGCCCCUGCUUCUGGCCCUGACCGACCGGAUGACUUGGGGUCACGCAGCUUGGAUGCGACGUUAGGGCCGGCCUGCGCCCCGCUGCUGAGGAAUCCUGAUGGGAAAGGGAAAGCGAUUGAUGGCAGUAACGUCCUCUCUCCCCUCCUCCCUCCUUCCUCUAAUCUGUGGCAUUGUUUUAUUGGUGAACGUGGCAGGGGUUGGCAGGAGACAUUGUGGUGCCAAAAGGGCCCAAACAACUGGGAAGGUGUUCUGCUGGCA